CAGCUGCAGCCGCGCUCCCCCUGAUUCGCCGCGACUCUUCUCCUCCCUUGCCUCGGCGCAACAGUGCUCCGGUCUCUGCGGAUGAGAAGACGCCCUGGGCGGGGAGAGGAAGCCCCCCGAUGCUCGGCCGGUGGGAGAGGCUGGAGCCACGGCCGCGCGCGAGGAUGCUGCGCCAGGUGUUGCAGGCGGGACUGCGGAGCGGCUUCCAGCGCCUGGGCCGCUUCGUGGCGGGUCACCCGGUCUUCUUCGCCUCGGCGCCGGUGCUGCUCUCCAUCCUGCUGGGCGCCAGCUUCAGCCGCUACCAGGUGGAGCAGGACGUGGAGGGUCUGCUGGCGCCCAAGCACAGCCUGGCCAAGAUCGAGGGGAACCUGGUGGACAGCUUGUUCCCCAUCAACCGCUCCAAACACGCGCUGUACUCCGACCUGCAGACGCCGGGUCGAUACGGGCGCGUCAUCAUCGCGGCGCGGAAGGGCAGCGUGCUGGACCCGGGCUACCUGGACACCGUCCUGAAGCUGCACAGGCGGCUCUACCAGAUGCAGGUGACGGUGCCCCAAACUGGACUCAACAGCUUCAACUACUCCUUCUCCUACCUCUGUCUCCCCGACGACAAGAACGUCUGUAUCGUCGACGACAUCAUCCGCGCCAUGGAGGAGAUCCAGGCCGCCCGCACGGCCAACCGCUCCGUCCCGGUCCUGCGCUACCCCAUCACGCCCCUGGCCGACGGUCGGCAGGCCUAUAUCGGGCACCAGCUGGGCGGGGUGCAGGGCUGGGCCGGCCCUGAGGGCGGGGCCAGGGUGGAGGGCGUUCGCUCUGCCCGGGCGCUGCAGCUCACCUACUACCUCCAGGCGCGCGGCGGCCUGAUGGACCGAGUGGCGGCCCACUGGGAGCGGGCCUUCUGCUCUGAACUGCAACGCUUUGCAGAUCUGCACCCGAAGCUCACGCUGUACCCGUCCACGUCUUCGUCCCUGCGGACAGACUUCCAGUUCUCCUCGGUGCUGGCUCGACGCCCUCUGUUGGCCAGCUUGGGCGUCUGCGGCGUGCUGGCUGUCCUCUGCUGCUCCAUGAGAGACUGCGUCCGCUCCAAGCCGUGGCUCGGGCUGCUGGCCUUGCUGUCCGUCACUCUGUCCGGCCUCACGGCGGCUGGGAUCCUCAACUUAACCGGCACCACCUACAACUCCACUUACCUGGGCAUCCCUUUCGUCAUGCUUGGUCACGGGCUUUUCGGUUCCUUCGAGAUGCUGUCGUCAUGGCGACGGACCCGGGAGGACCAGCACGUGAAGGAGCGCGUGGCCGGCGUCUUCGAAGACGUGAUGCUGCGCUUCUCCGGCUCCACCUUGCUGCACCUGAUGACCCUGGGCCUGGCCGCCUCCCCGCUGACCAACAUGGAGGCCGUGCGGCUCUUCUGCCGGACGGCGGCUCUGGCCGUCGCCGUGGGCUACGUCUACAUGCUCUCCUUCUACAGCUCCUGCCUGGUCUUCACCGGCUACCUGGAGACCGGCUACAGGCACGGCUGCUUCUGCAGGCGCGUUCCCAAACCCGAGCGCCUGGACUCCAAGCCGGCCUGGUACAGGUGCCUGAUGCACACGCGCUACCAGGAGGAGGGCCAGGCCUCGGCCUCGCAGGGCCACAGUCACGCGCAGACGCUGACGCACUCGCACCCGCUGCAGCCCCCCCACACCAACUCCACGCACCCGCACUCGGCGGCCAGCGCCGACCCUCAUCCGCAGGACUCUCACCUUCUGCUGGGAUGUGUGAGGCGUUGCUAUGGAGACUGGAUCACCAACACUUACGUCAAACCCUUCGUGGUUCUGCUCUAUCUGGUUUACAUCUCCUUUGGCCUGAUGGGAUUUCUGCAGGUGAGCCAGGGUUCGGACCCCAGCGCGCUGGUUGCCAUGGAUACAGCGACGGUGUUGUACACCCGUGCCCAGCACCGCUACUUCAGCUCCUACUCGCCUGUCAUUGGGUUCUACAUCUAUGAAAGCGCCCCCUACUGGAAUGUGACAGUGCAGCGGGACCUGCUGGAGUACGCCAAGGGCUUCCAGCGAAUCAGCUGGCUGGAAGCUUACUUGACCUACUUGGCUGAGCGUAACGAGUCCACCAGCCAACCGCGGGAGAACUUCACCUCCACGCUGCGGAACUCCUUCCUGCGCGAGCCGCAGUACGCUCACUUCGCCGACGACAUCAUAUUUGCGGAGCGGGGUCAAGGCGAGGAGCCGGACGUGGCGGCCUCCCGCAUCUUUCUGGUGGCCAAGACCACGGAGAACAAGCGCGAGGAGAUGUCGGUGCUGCUGGACACUCUGAGGCGCCUCUCGCUGACCUCGCGAGUCCGCUUCCUCAUCUUCAACCCCUCUUUCGUCUACCUGGACCGCUAUGCCGCCGCCGUCAGCUCGCCGCUGCGACACUCGCUGCUGGCGGUGGUCUUCCUCUUGGGUCUGUCCUCUCUGGCGGUGGUGGAGCCGCUGGUGUCCGUGUGGCUGGGCCUCACCCUCCUCUCCGUCCAGUUUGGCGUGGUGGGUUUCAUGACCUUGUGGGGCGUGGAGCUGGACUGCGUGUCCAUCUUGUGUCUGAUCUCGGCUCUGGGACACUCGGCCGACUGCAGCGGGCCCCUCCUCUGCGGCUUCGCCUCGGGGCGGGGCGACAGUCGGACUCGCUGGGUGAGGGUGGCCCUGGAGAGGCACGGGGUCCCCGCCCUUCAGACGCUCAUCUGCUACUGCGCCGCUCUGGCGCCUGUGGGCUCCGUACGCUCCAACCUCACGCACACCUUGUUCCGAUGCCUCACGCUGACGGCCGGGUGCUCAGCCCUGCACACGCUGGCCUUCCUGCCCACCCUGCUCACCUUCCUCCCCCCCUCCAAGACGCGAGACCACUCUGGUGGGGAGGGACCCAGACAGGAGGUGGAGUGUGUGGAGAUGAACGACAGCACGCGAGUGGUGGACCAGAUAACAACUGUCUGACUGCUGGACGGGCAGCGGCCUGGCGGUUACCACGGGGAGGAUUCAGAGUCGGAGGCCUGGUCCACAUGUACCCAGUCUCUUGAAAUGACAUCACCGCAGCGCUGUGCAGGAUCACUGGCCCUUUUCUGACCCUGAAUGAGAUUCACCAGAAACAGACUUGUCCCCGACUUUGAUGCCCAUAGUUGAACUUCCUUUUCACUUGUCACUUCCGUCCUGAUCAUAACUUCUGGUUGACUUGACUCAACGUAGAACUACUUGCCUACUUGAACCCAGUAAGUGCCGAUUUUAAUAUCGAUUUUUUUUUGCCACCCGUUUGCUUUAUAUACAGAGGUGAAAUAUUUUAGUGGAGAUUAAUGGAGUCACUGAGGAGGAGCUACUUUGUUUAUCAGACUUUUGUUUUGCCAAAUUCUUAUUUUUUCUUUUGUUCCACCUUGGUUCUCGUAAGUUUUUAAUCAUAUUUGAAAAAUGCAACCCUCCAGACAUGAGCCAACUUGAACCCUGUUUCCUGCUUCUUUUGCUAGGUCAGCAUUUUUUUAAAUUCACUUUUAUGUUUCAAACGAUUUUUUGGACAUUUUUAAACACAUUUAUUUUUUGAUUUAAUGAAUGAAUAUUAAAUUUUACAUCAGGUCUGCAGCGGUUCCCAAAAAAUCAUUAUUUGUGUUUUUGGCUCGGCAACUGAGGAAAGACAAAAGCAGUUCAUGCCUUUGAUUCGUUCAUCAUGAAUUUAUGAAGAUCAUUUGGAAGAAAACAAAAGUGAUCCGAGCACGGAUUCUCAUCUUCUGUUGCUGCCAGAACAAUAUGGCCGUGAAGCAGCAGCAAACACUUCAGCCUUGUUAAGUAUUGUGUUGCCAUGAUCUGAAUCAGAAUCGGCACGUUUGAGGUUUUCUAUGUCGAAACUUGCUUAUAGAAGCCGCGACAACCUUGGUUUUAUCGACGAAUCCUUCCUGUUUGUGGUCUAAAGUCAAGAAGUUCAAGUCCAAGCUGAGAUGGAGGAGGGUCUUCAAGGUCAACUUGUCAUGAUAGCUGCUAGUUAUUAGCCGAAUAUGGUGCACACUCUUAUUUGGGAGCUUUAAAAUGUCAUUCACUGUUACCGUUCAGCUUCACACCUGUGCUGUUAGAGGCCUAGAAAACAUGAAACACUCCUCAUUUCUCGGACCCUGUUCUUCUCCAAGCCCAACCUGCGUGUGGUUGGUAAAUGGUAGUGUUGGGUCAAUGAGGCUUCAUGAAACAGUGUCAUGAUUUCCAAGGCCACCAGAUGGUGCUGUCUGCUGUAAAAUGUUUGGACUUGAUGGACAAAGUCAAUGAAGCCUCACUUCAUUCAAAACCCUGAGCGCCAUCUAGUGGCCUCUGACGUUAGGACACUGUUUCACCAACCCUUCACUACUGUCUCAGUAGUGGGAGGUAAAGAGGAAACCAGGAUUGAGUGUUGGACCUUGUGGUCCCAAUGUUUCCAAACAUACCAGAGCAAACUAGUGAUACCAAAGUUAAGCUGAGGUCACAGACUUAUUGUUGCUUCUACAACCUUCCUGACACACUGGGACCAUGAGCAGCAGUGGGACUGGAGUGGGGCUAGUAGAAAGAGGGCGUCUGAGCGGGUCACUAGCACUUGUUUGACAUCCACCGCGUCGCCUCACCGUCCCGAGCCUUUCUUUCUCGCUUUAUUCAAAGCCUUGGCACCUGUGUACAUGUGGACCAGACCUGAGUGUGAAUAGGAAAACACACACCAAGCGGAGAAAAGGUAGUCACAGAAGGAGAGGAUUUUUUUUUUCUGUUGCUGUAGAAACCUGCGCGGAGCGACAGCCGAGGACGGACAGCACUCGCUUCAGCUGUGAUCACCGUGUUCAGCUACUGUCAAUCUGUCCAGGCAAAUCACGUGGCACAAAAACCGCUGCAGUCACCUGUACCCACCCAGUAUUUUUACUUCACUGCUGUACAAAUAAAGACAGAAUGAAAGUGCAGAUGUGCAGACAUUACUGUCUCAUCUCCCGUGAAGAGUCUCCGCCCAAAAGAUAUUUCUCCAAGUGUGUGAAUCACGAGCAGAGAGGCAGGCAGCCCACAGUUGUGUGGAUGGAAACAGCUCUCCUCCUCCUCCUCCUCCUCCAGCUGAGAGGCCUGCACACACACAGUACACAACAACCGUCACGUGAAUUUCUGCACU